AUGUCUUCUACCGCCCAGCGCCUCGGCCAAAUCUCUGGGAUCUUGAACGCUACCCAAUCAGCUUCAUCCUCGUUGGUGCUCCCAGCCAAGCCAUACAAGGUCUGUGUCAUCGGAUCUGGUAACUGGGGUACUACUAUUGCCAAGGUGGUUGCCGAAAGCACUGCCGAAAACCCAAAGCUUUUUGCUCCUUUGGUCCAUAUGUGGGUGUUUGAAGAAAAAAUCAACGGUCGUAAAUUAACCGAGAUCAUCAACACCGAGCACGAGAACGUCAAGUACUUGCCAAACAUCAAGUUGCCUGUCAAUGUCGUUGCCGAACCAAGCAUCGUCGAAACCGUCAAGGGUGCCGACAUCAUUGUUUUCAACAUUCCUCAUCAAUUCUUGGGUAACGUCUGCAAACAAUUGAAAGGUAAGGUCCCACCUACUGCCCGUGCGAUUUCUUGUUUGAAAGGGUUGGAUGUCACCCCUCAAGGUUGUAAAUUGUUGAGUUCAUACAUCACUGAUAACUUGGGAAUUUACUGUGGUGCCCUUUCCGGGGCCAACUUGGCUCCAGAAGUCGCCAAACAAAAAUGGUCUGAAACUACCGUGGCUUACAAUGAACCAAGCGACUUCCGUGGACCAGGCAAAGAUGUCGAUAAGUCUGUGUUGAAGAAGCUUUUCCACCGUCCAUACUUCCACGUGAGAGUUGUCGCUGACGUUGCUGGUGUUUCCCUUGCUGGUGCCUUGAAGAACGUUGUCGCCAUGGCUGCCGGUUUCGUCGAAGGGUUAGGCUGGGGUGAUAAUGCCAAAUCUGCGAUUAUGAGAAUUGGGCUUAUCGAAAUUGUCCAAUUUGCCCAAAAGUAUUUCCCAGAUUCCGACCCAAAAACUUUUACCGAAGAAUCUGCCGGGGUUGCUGAUUUGAUCACCACCUGUUCUGGGGGAAGAAACGUUAGAGUUGGUAAAUUCAUGGCAGAGACCGGUGCUUCUGCCGUCGAAGCUGAAAAGAAAUUGUUGAAUGGUCAAUCUUCCCAAGGUAUUGUUACUACCAAGGAAGUUCACGAUUUGUUGGCCAACGACAAUGCCACUCAUGAAUUCCCAUUGUUUGAGUCUACUUAUCAAAUCAUUUACAAUGGCUUGCCAAUGGAAAAGUUGCCAUCUUUGUUGGAAAAGCUCGGAGACAGUUAG